AUGAAAACACUUAGUAAUUUUCGCGAACCUUCUUUAAUUUAUAAAGUUCAUACAGCGAUGCAAUUUAUUAAUAUUAAUCUCAAUGUUUUGAGUUCUAAACCUGAUGAAGGUAUUAUACAUUUAUUCAGCCACAAGCAAAGACGCUUAAUUUUGGUUCACUGUCAUAAUGAAAGGACUAAAGUUACUGUUGGUCAAAUUAAGCAUUUUGAAAGUGAAAUUUCUAAUUAUCCAGUAAAUACUUUGGGAAUUUAUGUAAUAGAUGAUGACACAUUUUCGAAACGCUCUUUAACUCUCGCAAAUUCAAAUAAAAAUAUUUCACUCACAUGA